AUGUCUACGUCUACGAGAGUGCCCCGUAGGAAUAUGUUUCCGCCUUCCGUCACCCUGUCCUCAGAUAUAUGUAGAUUUCAAUGCGGUCGCCAAUGGCGCUCGCCGAGUUGCGAGGCUUCGGCAAGGCCAAGGCCUCUCUGCGUCAUAAACAGAGUGGCUCGCGUCCACGAAGCGCUAAUGGCCACGUUAAUGCGACAACAAUGCGAAGCCGUCCUCGUUCGGAGCGAAUUGAGAGCGGCCGGCGCGAGAUGGAUGCGUUCACAAAAAGCGUGGGAGGCCUACGGUCACUCUGCAACAAUACUCGUACCACCAUAUCGGUGA